CCCGCCGCUGAUUGGCUGCGCCGCCGAGCGGAAGUGAUGCUACUGUCACUGGCUCCUCCGGCUCCUGGGAAGCCGCGAGUUUCCGCAGGGAGGCGGCGGCAGCAGCUGCGGCCGGGCCGGUCUGCCGUCUGUGCUCGGAGUCAGCGCUGCUCACAGGGAGAGUGAUGCCCUUUCUCCAUUUGCACAAAAUGAGCAUGAGGUGGUUAGCCAAUCCAGGAGCUCGACCUCACUCAAAGACCAGCCUACUGCUCUGAUGCCGAAGGGGAGGCAGAAAGUGCCGCAUUCGGAUGCCCCCCUGGGCCUGCCCGCUUGCCUCUGGCUGGAGUUAGCCGGGCUCUUCUUACUGCUUCCCUGGGUUAUGGGCCUGGUUGGGGCAGGUGGGCCCAGGGCCCAGGGUCCAGGGGGGCUAAGCUGGGCUGUGCAUCUGGACGGCCCCAAAGGCGAAGGGGAGGAAGAGGCACUGGAGCAGUGGGCAGAUGCUCUGGCCCAGGCAGCAGGGCUGAUGAACGCGGGACGCAUUGGGGAGCUCCAUGGGCACUACCUUUUGGUCCAGCCUGCUGGGCACCAGCAGGCCCGGCAGGUAGCAGCCUUCCGGCAGCAGGUGGAGGCUGUGCUGACAAGGCAUGAAGCUGUGCGCUGGCACUCAGAGCAGAGGCUGCUCAAGCGGACCAAGCGCAGUGUCCACUUCAAUGACCCCAAGUACCCACAGCAGUGGCACCUGAAUAACCGGCGGAGCCCCGGCAGGGACAUCAACGUGACGGGUGUAUGGGAGCGCAACGUAACCGGGCGAGGGGUGACUGUGGUUGUAGUGGACGACGGCGUGGAGCACACCAUCCAGGACAUCGCGCCCAACUAUAGUCCCGAGGGCAGCUAUGACCUCAACUCCAAUGACCCCGACCCCAUGCCCCACCCGGACGUGGAGAACGGCAACCACCACGGCACGCGAUGUGCCGGAGAGAUCGCUGCUGUGCCCAACAACAGCUUCUGUGCCGUGGGGGUGGCAUUCGGGAGCCGCAUAGCAGGUAUCCGGGUACUGGAUGGACCCCUCACAGACAGCAUGGAGGCCGUGGCAUUCAACAAGCACUAUCAGAUCAAUGACAUCUACAGCUGCAGCUGGGGACCAGAUGACGAUGGAAAGACAGUGGACGGCCCCCAUCAGCUUGGGAAGGCUGCCUUGCAACAUGGGGUGAUCGCUGGCCGCCAGGGCUUUGGGAGCAUCUUUGUGGUCGCCAGUGGCAAUGGGGGCCAGCACAACGACAACUGCAACUAUGACGGCUACGCCAACUCCAUCUACACCGUCACCAUAGGUGCUGUAGACGAGGAGGGACGGAUGCCUUUCUAUGCGGAGGAGUGCGCCUCCAUGCUGGCAGUCACCUUCAGUGGUGGGGACAAGAUGCUCCGGAGCAUUGUGACCACGGACUGGGACCUUCAGAAGGGCACAGGCUGCACGGAGGGCCACACAGGGACCUCCGCCGCAGCCCCUCUGGCAGCGGGCAUGAUAGCCCUGAUGCUACAGGUGCGGCCCUGCCUCACGUGGCGUGACGUCCAGCACAUCAUCGUCUUCACGGCCACCCAGUACGAGGACCGCCGUGCUGAUUGGAUCACCAAUGAGGCGGGCUUCAGCCACAGCCACCAGCACGGGUUCGGCCUGCUCAAUGCUUGGAGACUCGUUAACGCAGCCAAGGUCUGGACGUCAGUCCCUUACUUAGUGUCCUACGUCAGCCCCGUGUUGAAAGAGAACAGGGCUGUCCCGCUGUCUGCCCGCCCCCUGGAGGUCCUGUGGAAUGUCAGCAGGACGGACCUGGAGAUGUCGGGGCUGAAGACCCUGGAGCACGUGGCAGUGACGGUCUCCAUCACUCACCCACGACGCGGCAGCUUGGAACUGAAGCUGUUUUGCCCCAGUGGCAUGAUGUCCCUUAUCGGCGCCCCCCGCAGCAUGGACUCGGAUCCCAAUGGCUUCAACGACUGGACCUUCUCCACUGUGCGGUGCUGGGGGGAAAGAGCGAGAGGGACCUACAGACUUGUCAUCAGGGAUGUCGGAGAUGAGGCGUCCCAGGCCGGCAUCCUCCGGCAGUGGCAGCUGACCCUCUAUGGCUCUGUGUGGAGUCCAGUGGACAUCAGGGACAGACAAAGGCUUCUAGAAAGUGCCAUGAGUGGAAAAUACCUGCACGAUGGCUUCACUCUGCCCUGCCCUCCUGGGCUGAAAAUUCCCGAGGAAGAUGGUUACACCAUCACCCCUAACACCCUCAAGACCCUGGUGCUGAUAGGCUGUUUCACCGUCUUCUGGACCAUUUACUACCUGCUGGAAGUAUACUUGAGCCAGAGGAAUGUGGCCUCUCACCCAGUUUGCCGGAGUGGACCCUGCCACUGGCCCCAGCGAAGCCGAAAAGCCAAGGAGGAGGGGACAGAACUAGAAUCAGUGCCCCUUUGCAGCAGCCAGGAUCCCGGCAGAGUCGGGACAGAGAGCGAGUGCCCUCCCACCACCUCCGGGCUCCACGCGCCGGACCUGCUGGAUCAAGGGGACUGGGGCCUGUCCCAGCACCUACCCCUAGACCUGUUGCAGGGGAAGGAGGAGCAGAUUUGCUGACCUAAGGCCUGACAGCCAACAUGGGACAGGCUCUUCCUUCCUAGGACUGGGGAAGCUUGGAAAGCUGCUCCAAAGUCCCAGGAGCUCUGGGGAGAAGGCAGCCCCGAUGCCCCCAUCUGGGACCAGACGCCUAAAGAGCACCCUCUGGCUAAAGACUACGCUCAGGGAGGGCAGGGGCCUUCUGAAGGUACGAGUGGCAGAGGAGUGGUGCCGGAGAACAGUCUGGCAACAGCCACAGGACCGUCCUCCAACCAAACAGGAGCUUUUGGGGAGAGGGUUUGGAUGAGGGAUUGGCACCCCCGCUGGGCAGGCCUCCGUCCUCAUUCCUCCAGGGCAAGCCAGGGGCCUGGGUCACGGGGACCCUCACCUGUGUGUGGCCAGAAGAGCAUCUCAGCCGAACCAUCACUGGGGUCACUUGGGAAGAGGGCUUAGGGGUGGAGGCUGGGAAGAGCCCUGGAUAUACCUGUCCUUUUAAUGACCCAGGGGCCAGAAACAGCUGACUCUCCCCUUCUCUCCCUCACCUUCCAGCCUAAGCCUUCCUUGGACCUUGAACAUAUUGGUGUGGCAGUCAGCCCUUAGCUCAGCAGUUGCCCUGAAAGCAGAUGCCUCGUUAUCCCUGAUCAGAAGCCAACCUGGAACACAGUCCUGACUCCGUCAACCGUCACCCCCACCCUUCUUCCUGAAGGAUCGGUACGACUUGCCUGGCAAGGCUGGGGACAGACAUGGCCCCCAGGCCUGGGCUGCUCCAGCAGGGGAGUCUGCGGCCGGACUGCCCCUCCAGCCCUGCGACCACCCCGUCUUCCUCUGCAAAGUGCUCAGGGAAAUGGCCUUGCCCGCCAGAGGCCAGCCGUCUGCGGACAGGCUGGGCCUCUUCCUCCCCUUCUUGACCUCCUCCCCUCUUCUGAGCUGGUUGGUUGGUUUGAAUUUUGUUGUUGUUGUUUUUAAUGCUUCAAAUUGGGUUUUCUCUUUUCACAGCAACAUUUUGUUGAAUUUUUUCUGCACAGCUUUUCCAAAAUAAAACCUUCCACACA